UUGAGCGGAGUCACGUGCUGAAUUCUGGAGCUCGUAGUCCGUGUAAAGGACGAGCCCCUAGUUUAAGGUGAAGGUGAAUGGAACCAGCUUGGCUAAGAAGGGAGUCUUUGGCGGAGCGACUGCGUUUGCUGCCGAUAAACUUAUCUUCAAUAAAGAAGGGGGGGGGAGCAACGUCAAGAUGGCGGCUUCCGUGUCGCCCUUGGUUACAGGGCGCCGCCUGAUAAAAGCUGCCACUCGACACGCCGCUGUCCUAACUUGCUGGGCCCCGCGGAAAGCAUAUACAGUUCAGGUAGCAGAGAAAGCUGCCAGUGGUGGUCUAGCGGAUGCUAAUUUGAAAGCCCUAUUGGUUUCCAAUGGACCUUUAGAACAUUAUGAAUUCCUUGUCAAAGUGGAGCAGCUGAAGAAUGAUGAACAGCAAAGGAAAGUCAUGCAGUGCCUGCAGAAGCUACGUGAAAGUCUUAAAGGGUACAAUAUCGGUCCAAAACACAUACUUUCAAAGCUUUUUUCAAGACGUAAACCUCCAAAAGGCCUUUAUGUCUAUGGAGAUGUUGGCACAGGAAAGACAAUGGUGAUGGACAUAUUUUAUUCUCAUCUAGAAGUAGAAAAAAAAAAGAGAGUCCAUUUCCAUGGCUUCAUGCUAGAUGUGCACAAAAGAAUACAUUGCCUUAAACAGAGUCUACCAAAAAGAAAAGCUGGAUUAAUGGCUAAAUCAUAUGAUCCAAUAGCUCCUAUAGCUGAUGAAAUAAGUGAGGAAGCUUCUCUCUUGUGUUUUGAUGAAUUUCAGGUCACAGAUAUUGCUGAUGCUAUGAUUCUCAAACAGCUUUUUGAAAACCUGUUCCAAAAUGGUGUCAUCGUUGUGGCCACAUCAAACAGGCCACCAGAAGAUCUCUAUAAAAAUGGGCUCCAAAGAGCUAACUUUGUGCCAUUCAUUGCUGUACUAAAGAAAUACUGCAACACCAUCCAGCUGGACUCUGGAAUAGACUACCGAAAGCGUGCACUGCCUGCUGCGGGAAAGCUGUACUUCCUCACAAGUGAAGCUGAUGUGGAGGCUGUCAUGGAUAAGUUGUUUGAUGAGCUGGCUCAAAAACAAAAUGAUUUAACUAGACCAAGGAUUUUAAAAGUACAAGGCAGAGGACUGAGAGUGAAUAAAGCAUGUGGAACCAUUGCAGACUUCACAUUUGAAGAGCUGUGUGACAAACCUCUUGGAGCCAGUGAUUAUUUGGAAAUAUCCAAGAAUUUUGACCUGGUUUUUGUUCAUCAGAUACCUCUCCUUACAAUGGCAAAAAGGACCCAAGCUCGACGCUUCAUUACUCUCAUUGAUACUUUUUAUGACCAAAAGGUGCGUAUUAUUUGCUCUGCAUCAGCUCCCCUCCAGAGUAUAUUUAUUCAAGAGCACCAUGAUAGUGGACUGGAUGAGAAAAGGGUCCUGAUGGAUGAUUUGGGGUUGAGCCAGGAUUCAGCUGAAGCACUUUCUAUGUUUACGGGAGAGGAAGAGAUAUUUGCCUUUCAGCGUACUAUCUCACGACUUACUGAAAUGCAGACAGAGCAAUACUGGAAAGAUGGGGAUCGGAGCAAAAAAAUGUAGCUGGAAGGUUAAAAACAAAGAGUAACCGAAAAGAAAAAGGGCUUCUAGCUUCCUUAUAAAUUAUUUUUUAAGAGACACAUUAACUAACUUGGCAAUUAUGUGUCAUGUUAGUGUUAAAGAAUAUGGCAUUACUUACUGGCCCAUUUUAAUGCCAAUCUAUAGAUAUAAUUUUAUUCAGUCUAGCAUGAAGACUUUAUUGACCAAAUAAAAAUCUCCUUUUAAUUGACGAUGAGUGGAAAGAGAAGUAAAAUAUAUACAUAUUUAUUAUUGUCCAUAUCACACUAAGGUUUGCACAAAUAAAAUAUAUAAGCCAGAAACAUUAAAUGUAUAUUGUGAAUCUAUCCAUCUCUGUUCUAUUGCUUAAAAAUAAAAUAAUUGCACCUGGAGUAUCCUUGAUUUUUAAAA